UGUUAGACGACGCGAUAACAUUUUACAUGGUACACGAGACUUUAAGUUGGAGCGAUGCAAGACACUACUGUCAAGAAUAUCACUUUGACUUGUUGCACUUGAGGUAUUGGGAUUCCUUCAUGUCAACCAGGUGGUCACUUCAUAGCGACACAUCCAAGUACUGGAUCGGCCUGCGCCGGGAUCCUGAUCAGGACACCGCCUGGAGGUGGAUAAAUCUAAGGACGGGUGUGGGACUCACUGGAGAGGACUUCUCACACAGCAGCAAAUGGGCUACAAACGAACAGACCAGUCACUGUGCUGUAGUGGACAACAGACAGUUCUCCAGUCUACCCUGUUCAACUUCACUGACUUUCUACUGUUCAAAAAACACAGGUGAACCUACAUUUAAUGAUUCACGUCUAAGCUGGCAUGAAGCUCGGCAGUACUGUCAGCAGAGGUCUCUAGACCUGGCGACCUACAACCCACAGCACAUGUAUAAAGUCCCGGGCUGGAUUGGACUCUACAGAGUGGGUGGGGAUCACUGGAACUGGAGCCAGGGACAUUCUGAAGACAUCAACUGGAAUAAAAAUGAGCCUCUUGUCAAAGACUGUGCCUCUUAUGAUCCAACGAAAAAGAAGUCAUACAGUCGCCAGUGCUCGGAGAAGCUGCCGUUCUUCUGUGUUGACGACGGCCUGCUGCUGGUGAAGAAGAGAAUGACAUGGGAGGAAGCCCUGGAUUACUGUGAGAACCUGACCAUGCCAUGCAUGGACGAGCAGGAGCCCUGCAUGUAUCGCUAUAAGCUACUGAGCCUGACAUCUGAGGCAGACUUCGACGUGGUCAGACACAGGAUUCAGACUGCCGGGACAAGUGAAGUCUUUGUAGGUCUGCGCUUUCUGGCCGGGACCUGGUGGUGGAUGAACGGAGAUGCGGCGGACUCAGAGAACCUUCCUGAAUGCCCGACCAAGGGGUGGGACUGCGGCAUCAUAUCAAAGAACAGCACGGACAACUGGCUGACAGGCAGCUGCAUGCAGAAAAGAAACUUUGUUUGCCUCAAAAGAACGGUGGCUGUUGAAGAAGAUGAUUAGUUAUCUGGGGUAUUUUUUAAUGUUCCUCAGCCUAAAGUCCUUUUGUUGAAAAACAACUUGGAAAUAUUUGUUUAUGAAGU